AUAUCAGUUCAGUCUUCCAUCCUCUCUCCGAAAAGUUUUCCCUCAAUACAUUCUUCUUUUUAGCUUCGACCAUUUCACUCUCUCACAAUCAACAACUGCAAAUAUACAAUAAACAACAAUGAAUGCUCCAUCCAUUUCCAGCAACGAUCUAAUCACAGACAACGCGGGAGACAGCGAUUCCGAUACAAAUUCCGAUGAUAUCAACGAUUAUUACCAGCCAAUAUCUGCAUCAGACGGCAAUGAAGACGGCGAUUUGAUCAGCUCCAAUAUCAAUGGAUAUCAUGAUCAGCAGUUUGAUGCUGUAAAUCAACUCAGCAGCGUAAUCAACGGCCACGAUUACUCUGCUGCUGAGACAGGGGUGAGGUCGCUGAAUCUGAGUGAAGAUGAGGAGGAGAGAGAAAGUGAAGAAGAAGAGAGGAGAAUGGAAAUGGAUAGUGCAAUGAGGAGAGCUUUCGAGGAAGAUGAGAGUCGGAGAAAUGCUCCGAUUUCAUCGGAGAAUGCUACCAGAGUAAUGGAAGCUAUGCGUGGCGUUUCGUUCUCUGGAUUACCUCCUGAUUGGGUCCGGCAUGUUUCUGAUGACGGAUUGGUUCAUCAACUCCAGCGCCUCCGGCAACCGCCUCAUUCUUCUGCUUAAUGUGUGGGAGGACUCAGGAAUGAUAGGCUGAUGCUGAUAUUUGAAGUUUAGUUGGAUUUUGUAAUUUGAUCAUCUGAAUUCUGCACUUUGUUUCAUUUUUUUCUCGGAUAAUUGUAGGAUUAAAUCUUCAAUGCACAACUGAAUUUCGAAUGCUAAAAAUAAUCGUUUAUUA